AUGGGAGGGUCUACUGCCUCCGGCCUGGUCACCACCCUGGUGCCGGCCCUGAUCUCGUUCGUCGUGUUCAUCGCGCUGUUCAUCGUGCUGCGGAAGAGCCAGCGCAGAAUGUACAUGCCCCGAACCUACAUUGGAUACCUGCGCCCGUGGCAGCGCACCCCGAAGACGCCCACCGGAUUGUGGAACUGGAUCACCGCCAUGUACGAGCUGCCCGAUACCUACGUGCUCCAGCACCACUCUAUGGAUGCCUAUCUCCUGUUGCGUUUCCUGAAGCUGUCGACCCUCAUUCUGUUCGUCGGCUCGUGUAUCACGUUCCCCAUUCUCUUCCCUGUCAACGCUACGGGAGGUGCGGGCGGGACCGAGCUCGACCUGCUGAGUAUCUCCAACAUCCUUGAUACCCAGUAUGGACGGUACUACGCGCAUUGCUUCCUUGCGUGGAUCUUUGUUGCUUUUAUCUUCUUUACCAUCACCCGGGAGCACCUUUUCUACAUCAACCUGCGCCAGGCGUACUUCUUCUCGCCUGCCUAUGCCAGUCGCAUCUCGUCGCGCACGGUGCUCUUCACGGCGGUCACCCAGGACUAUCUGAACAAGGACAAGCUGCGCACCAUGUUCGGUCGUGACAAAGUGAAGAACGUCUGGCUCGCAACCGACACCAAGGAGCUCGAGGAGAAGGUCAAGGAGCGCGACAAUGCGGCCAUGAAGCUGGAGGGCGCCGAGACGAACCUGAUUGUGCUCGCCAACAAGACCCGCGCCAAGGCUCUGAAGAAGCAGGGUUCUGUUGAGGACGGUCCCUCAGAGGAUGGCGUCGGCGAUUUUGAUGACGAGUCUGGUUCCGUUGCUGCUCGCUGGGUCGAGGCCAAGAAGCGCCCCACGCAUCGUCUCAAGAUGCUGAUCGGAGAGAAGGUCGACACCAUCAACUGGGCUCGCUCGGAGAUUGAACGUCUCACCCCGGAGAUUGAGGAACUGCAAGCGAAGCACCGUGCGGGCGAUGCCAAGCUGGUCUCGUCAGUGUUUGUCGAGUUCCACCAGCAGGCGGAUGCGCAGGCUGCGUAUCAGUCCGUGGCUCACAACCUUCCGUUGCACAUGUCCCCUCGCUACAUCGGUCUGGACCCGACUCAGGUCAUCUGGGAGAACCUUCGCAUCAAGUGGUGGGAACGCCUCGGCCGCCACAGCGCCACCAUUACUUUUGUCUGCGUGUUGAUCAUCUUCUGGGCUAUCCCCACAGCGGUCGUGGGUUGUAUUUCCAACAUCAAUUGGUUGACCCAGUCGGUUCCUUUCCUGCGGUUCAUUGAUCAUGUGCCGGGAUGGAUCAAGGGUGUUAUCACUGGUCUUCUGCCGUCUGUGCUCAUGUCUAUUCUGAUCGCACUUGUGCCGAUUAUCCUGCGAUUGAUGGCCAAAUGGGGUGGUGCGCCGAGUCUGGCGGCCGUCGAGCUGAGCACUCAAAACUUUUUCUUCGCAUUCCAGGUGGUACAGGUCUUCUUGGUGGUGACUCUGGCAUCUGCGGCCACUAGUGUCGGAUUGGCUUUCAGCUCUGGUGCUCUUCUCCAGAUCGUGGGAUUGAUUCUUGGAAAGAUUCUGGGCAAGUUCUUGGACACCACACCUCGCAAGCUCUACAGCCGUUGGGCUACUUUGGCUGGUCUUGGCUGGGGCACGGUCUACCCUGUUUUCACCCUGUUGACUGUCAUCGGCAUCACCUAUUCCUGCAUUGCGCCGCUGGUUAUGGGCUUCGGUACCGUUGGCAUGUACCUGUUCUACUUUGCCUACCGGUACAACCUGUUGUACGUGGCGAACGCGGACAUUGACACCCAAGGCAAGAGUUACACGCGUGCUCUGCAGCACCUCACCGUGGGCUGCUACUUGCUCAUCGUGUGUUUGAUCGGACUAUUCGCCAUGGGCUCAGGAGCCAACCAGAUGGCCUUGGGCCCAAUGAUCCUGAUGAUCAUCUUCCUGGUGUUUGUGAUUCUGUACCAUAUCGCGAUGAACAACGCCAUGGAGCCGCUCAUCCAGUAUCUACCCAAGAACCUCGAGGCCGAGGAAGAGGCAUUGCUGGCCCAGGAUCACAGCAAGGUCGGCGAGGACCGCAAGUCGCAAUCCGACGACCAGACGGCUUCUGGCGAGUCCGCCGUAGUCCCGACCCGCGACAGCGGUGUCGCCAAAGUUGACUCGGCCGAGGCCGAGAAGGGCCUCGCGGAUGCCCCGCUGCCCACCGCCCAGCCCCAGCCCAACUUCUUUACCAAGUGGCUGCGUCCCGACAAGUACCACGACUACGCCACGCUGCGCCGCCUUGUCCCCAGCCCGCUCGAGAUCCCCCAGUACACCGAGGAGGCCGAGAGCAACGCCUACUGCCACCCGGCCAUCAACUCGCAGGCCCCGCUGCUCUGGAUUCCCCGCGACCCGCUGGGUGUCAGUCGCCAGGAGGUCGCUCACAGCCUGCGCGUCAUCCCCAUCACGGACGAGGACGCCUGGCUGGACGAGAACAACAAGAUCAACUGGGACAUGGAGACUGGCCAGCCCCCGAUUUACGAGGAGAAGGUCACCUACUAA